AUGUUGCAAGAAAACUACGACGACUGUCUCUAUGCGUCACGAAUGGUGAUUGACGCCUUGGAAGGGGUUGGAGAGCCAUGGUGUUGUCUCGUCGGCGGCAUGGCAGCACGACUCUGGGGUGUUGAGCGAAUCGUCAAGGAUAUCGAUGUUAUCGUGCUAUGCCCGGCUGUCGACGCUGAGACAUUGAAGCGCUGGCUAUGUGAGAGGUACCCAGACAAGUUUUUCCUAAGGACUCCUCGGACACCAGGAGCUUCAUGGAGGACGCUUUAUCUCCAGAUUCCCCGCACGUCAAUCGUUCUCAAGGUCGACCUCUUAUUGUCCACCACUUCCGAUGUCGAAAUUCCAAGUGGCUUUCAUCGCAACCACUUCAUCCAUUUGAACAAUCUUCCAGUCGCUCCCCUUUAUCUCGUGCUCUACCACAAAUUGUUGGGCUGGGAGAAACGCAUUCAUUCGCUUCAAGCCUGGGAAUGCCAAAAAGCGGAUCAAGUGGACUACCACGACAUAUUGGAGCUCUGUGAACUCGUCUGGGAGCACAAAAUCUUGCCACGAUCCAAAUCCCACAUGGGAAGAUUCUACUUGGAGAUGUUCGAAUUCCGUGCCAGAUAUUUCUGCGAGUAUUACCCUGGGACCCUCCCGCGCAAGUGCUUUAUGGAUAUCGGGUUCAACGUCUAG